CAAUAACAAUCAAGUGUUAAGUGCCACUUUCGGUGUAAACAAAACCCAGAUUAUUUUACUCUCGAAAGUGCGGUUUUUGUUUUUUCCGUUCAAUGCUUGCUAUUAAAUGCUGCCUCACGUAGCAUUCGUCAAUUUGAAUUGUGCAUCUAAUCAUGGAGUUCUAUCGGGAGGGGUUCCUAAAUAAAGCUGGCAAAGGCCUUCUCCAGACUCACUUGCAUAGUUGGCGACCUCGCUUUUUUAUAUUUGAUGGAGUAACAUUAAAGUAUUACAAAUGUCGAGAGAUUUCGACAGAAAACCUGUUGGGCUGCAUACAUCUGAACAUGAUGGAAUCCAUAGGGUUGCUAAAACAUGAGAGCAAGGCAUUCCAAAUAACAACCACAACACCAAAGAGAACAUAUUAUAUGUCCGGGAAAACAGAACAUGAAGUUCAAGGAUGGAUAAAUUGUAUUCAAAUGGCGAAAAACCAAGUAAAAACAAGCGGCUCUAGUGUUCCAAGUAUUUAUCAUGACCUUGUAACCAGCAACGACGUUCCUCCUAAAACGCCAACUAUUUCGACUUCAAGUGCAAAUGGGCAGACUCCAGUUCCGAGCGAUUAUCAAUCAGUUAAUUGGCCGACAGGUGUUAGUCAUGUCUCUCGAAGUAGCCAAGUGGAAAGUGAAUAUGCGGAACCAAACAUCUCCAAUGUUGUGCAAUAUAAAACUGUGAAAAACACGAAUUAUGACUCAACGAGGGACUCAGAUUUAUAUGACACAGUGUCUCCUAAGGAACAAGCAAAUUUGGCGACUACGAAACCGCCACCGUUACCUGCUCGAUCUCCUCUGAUGUCAGGAUCAAAUCCACUUGAAGGUACAAUAGAAGACAAGUCAAAUUCAGUGGAAAGGAAAGAAGAAAAGUCGGUGAACGAAUACGACGUGGUUAGAACCUCUGAUGCAUUGAACUUAAAAAAACAUUCGAGCGCUGAAGGGACUGAUAAAGAACAUGGUGGGGAUGCCAAUAAUAAAAAUUCUGUUUCAACCCUCACAAAGUUGGCACCACAUUCAACUGAAGGUGAUAGCAGCACCAACGAUGGUGAAGUGAGCGACAACGUAUUUGACGAGUAUCAUGAUGAAACUUUGUACGACGAGAUCCGUGUGGAUGAUGGAAAAGAGGAUAAAACGUCUUUGAAUGUUGAAAAGUUGCCCUCAUUACUAGAGCCCGAUUUAUCUGAAUUGUAUACUAAACCUACAAAGAUAACCGGCAUUAGGAGAGAGCGCUCAAAGAAAAAAUUAAUUCCAGGUUUAAUGGAUGUUGGCGAAGUUGAUGUUGAAGUAGAAGAGGAAUUUUCCGAGGGGAAAGAUACUUUAAAACGUGGUAUGACUACACCUAGCAACGGUAAGAGAUUUGCUAUCGAAGAAAUGCGAGAGUUCUUAGCUGAGUCUGGUGAAAAGACAAACAACAACGACGAAGCGCUACCUGAUCUUGAUUUGCUUCGCUGCGACAGUGCAUUUGACGCUCUGAAAAAAUUGUUAAAAAAGUACGAAACUCAAUGAAGCAGGUUGUGCACGUGAUUUUUGUUGACGAAUUUUAGAAAUCAUACGUAUGUAGAUGGCCUUUUAGAUGUAACUGUUCUAAUACGUGUUUAAAGCACAAUUUUAUAGAAAAUAGUUUAUCAUCAGGAUCGUCGACGAAUCGCAUAUCGCUCUUAUCUUUUAAUUAUUUGUAUCUAUACUUGUUAUUUAAAUUUUUUUAAAAAUUGUACCUUAGAUCAGACCUA